AUGUCUUUGAGUAUGAUGAACAACACCGCAGCAAACAGUUUUGAUGAGUGGCUUGCCCACGGGAAGCCAGGGAAGGAAUGGAACAUAUCUGAGACGGGUUUGGAGGACACAUCGUCUGCAGGAUCGCCAACAGAAGCUUUCAACUCAUUAUUUGAUCCAAGUAAUGUUUUAGGACAGCAGUCAGAUAGCGACACACUGUUUACGACAUCGAACGAUGUUUCGGUCAUGAACUCGCCUACUCAGGUAAAGCAUGAAGAUUGUGAAGAGCUAAAGUUCAACUUGGGACUACUGGGGUCGCCUUUGGACUUUGAACUUUUAGACAGUGCUGUAAACGCUGCCGCGAUGCGUAAGGAUGCACGGGCUGAAAAUGAUGAUGGUGAUGAUAGAACGAUGCAUGAUAAAAAUAAUAAUAAUACAAAUGAUGAUGAUACUACUACUACUAAUAAUAAUAAUAAUAAUAAUAAUAAUAACAGCCGUAAUGAAAAAAAUGAAUUUUAUAAACCAGCUCAAGAUUAUGAUGACCAAACGACGUAUACGAACAGCAUUCCUGAUACACGGAAGCGCAAGCGCGCUCCUCGCAAGCGUCUUACUCCUCACCAAAAGGAAGCACACAACAAGAUAGAGAAACGUUAUAGAAUUAACAUCAACACUAAAAUAGCGAACCUGCAGCAAAUUAUUCCUUGGUUAGCAUCGGAGAAAACAGCAUUUGAAGUAGGAGAUGCUCUAAAGUCUGGCGGAGAUGACGCUAGUGCUGGCACCUCCAAGUUGAACAAAAGUAUUAUAUUGGAAAAAGCUGUUGACUAUAUCCUCUAUUUACAAAAUAAUGAGAGAUUGUACCAAUUGGAAGUACAAAGGCUAAAGAGCGAGCUAGCAACUCUAAAGAAAGGACUAUAA